AUGCACGUCUUCGUCACAGGAGCAUCCGGCUUCAUCGGCCAAGCCGUCACCAAAGAGCUCGUCGCUCACGGCCAUCAAGUCCUCGGCCUAGUCCGCAGCGAUGCAGGAGCCGAAAUCGUUCGCAAAGCAGGCGGAGAACCAUUUCAAGGAAGUCUAACUGAUCUUGAAAGCUUGAAGAAAGGCGCUGCCGCCACAGAGGGCACCAUCCACCUCGCCUUCAUCCACGACUUCGCAGGGGGAAUUGACAGCUACGUCAAGGCUUGUGAUACUGACAGAGCGGCCAUCACAGCUAUGGGUGAAGUCCUUGCUGGGACAGGCAAAGCUCUGAUCAUUGCUGGUGGCACGCUAGGGCUGCAGGAAGGUGUUCUGGGUACGGAAGAUCUCGAGGAUGAGAAGGGAGCGGCUUUUGGGGGUCGUUCACGCAAUGCAGAGAUGGUCAAAGAUCUUAGCAGGGAGAAGAACAUCCGCGGCAUUGUCGUUCGUCUUGCGCCGGUGGUGCACGAAGCUGGCCAUGGAGGCUUCCUCGAGCUGCUGAAGGACUCAGCGCACAAGAACGGCUGGUCGGGAUAUAUCGAUGAAGGACAGACUGUCUGGCCUGCGAUGCACAGGCAGGAUGGCGCAGCUCUGUUUCGCCUGAUUCUCGACAAGGGUCGCGCCGGCGCGACAUAUCAUGGCGUUGGUGAAGGAAGUGUGCAAAUGAAGGAUCUGGCGACGGCCGUUGGCAAGAAGUUGGGUAUCUCUGUCAUGAGCAAGACUGUCGAGGAAGCUGGCAAAACCAUGGGGUUUGCUGCUCAUGUCAUCACCAAAGACAACCCGUGUUCCAGUAAGAAGACGCAGAAGGAACUUGGUUGGACACCAGUACACCGUGGUCUGCUUGCGGAGGUGGAGGCUAGUGACAUGGCUUAG